AUGACCAGCGGCCCUGGAGGUGGAGGAGGAGCAUCCGGGGGCGGUGGGCAGCCAGCGCAACAGCAACAACAACAGCAACAGCAGCAGUCGCAUAGCAAACACAACAUCAGCAGCAACAACAACAGCGGAAACGGCAACAGCGGCAGCAGCAACAGCGCGGCAUCAACAGCAACAACAGUGAACAGCAGCAGCAACACUCAAACCGGAGCAGCAACAACUGCAACUGGUGGAACACUGCAACGUCGAGUAUUGCGCGGUCAUGCGGCGCAAACGACAAGCGGAGAGCGAGUGUUGCUGAUUAACUAUGUGCCACAGCAAGGAACAGCGGGAAGCACAUCCACAACGUCCACGACGAGCACAGCAUCACAGUUGCCCACACGCAAGAUACUCCAGGCCAGAGCCACGGCAGCAGCAACAUCGUCAGCAACAGCAGCAGCAUCGGCAACAGGAACGACAGCAGCAACCACAACAAGUGCUGCCGAAGCAUCCACAACGCCAGCUGUCUCCUUUGCUGGCCUCGGCUCUGAGGUGACAGUCACAUUGACACGCACCAAUCAGCGUGCCAGCGUGACCAAUGUCACAGCCGCCGGUCAUAUUGUUAGGAAUCAGCAGACAACAGUUUAUCAGACGACAAGCACAGCGACGACAACCGGAUCAACGAGCAGCACUAGCACAAUGCACGAACCCGUGCAGCAUAUUGCAACACCCACGACACCGCCACCAUUGCGCUGGCAGCAGCAACAGCAGCACGAAUACCAGCACGAACAUCAUCUGGUGGAGCAGGAUCAGCACAUUAUCAUCGAUCAUCAUCAGCAGGCGGACGCCGAUGAUCAGCUGAUCGAGUAUGAUGCCAGCGAAGGUGUUGUUAUUGAGGAGCAACAUCAUCAACAGCAGCAGCAACAUCAUCAUCAACAGCAGCAACAUCAUCUGCACCAUCAGCUGGAGCUGCAGGAGGAUCUGCAGGAUCACGAUCCACAGCAGCAACAGCAUCACGAUGUUGUGCAGGAAGUGUAUCUGCAGUAGUAGCAGACAGUGUUAAAUACGAGUAUAUAUAUUAUCUAGUAUAUAGCUAUGAACCGAUUCAAAUUAGCGAUAAGUUAUCGAGUCUUCAUUAUCAACAAAUUACUCAUAGAAGUAUCUACAAAAUUUAUAGAAUUUUCAUUUAACCCGACCAAAACACCGUAAAUCAUUGAGUUGAGCUUUGGCUCACGCACACUGCACACAUACGUUAAAGCUUUGCAAGCUCAAAGCUUAGCGCAGCGUGCGGACAAAAGCAAACCAAUACAUGUACAUUUUACAGCUGCAGAUAUGCAUAUGUAUGCAUCAACUUACAAUUUAAAUUGUAAAUAAAUUUAUCAUUAAGUAAAAAUUUGCAUAUUUAACAAAUUUAUCUAAGUAAUAAAAGCAUAUGUAUAAAGUGAAUUGGCCUAGCACAUAAGUUAAUCAUAUUCCAUAAUUAUAAACGUAUUUUUAGAUCGUUUGCAUAGAAAACAAAUCAAAUAAAGAUAAAUAUUUUUGUACCAUACAAAUUAUGCUUCGAAUUUCAAUAUAAAAUCUUAACUUCUCAUUUAUGAAACAACAAAUCAAAUCAAAUCAAUUAUUUAUUAUUGUCUGUUUGCAAAGUUUAAAC